AUUCUUAUAUGUCACUUAAUGAUUAUGAAAAUAAAAGUAUAUACUAGGUAAAAUAAUUGGAUAUUGGAGCACUAAUUAUUUUAGACAAAAAAAUUAUUUCUUUAUAAGUAUUAGUGCAUGCAAUCCUUUUACAAAAUCUGGAACUAAGAAAUGCAUACAGACUUAGCACCGCAUUUACAUUCUGAUAAUUGUAAUGAGUUAAUAAAACUAUUACAACAAUGUCAUAACGAGAAUCCCUUUCUGAGGAUAUUUGGAAAGUGUAAUUCUGAAGAUCAUCGAAUGGUAAUGUGUUUGAAGCAAGAGAGAUUACAGAGAAGGAAAAGAAACUAUCAAAAGUCUUUAGAAACUAAAGAAAAGUUAAGGAAAAUGUUUGAGGAGGAAAGAAAAAAGAAACAGGCAAUUUAAAUCUCCUUAUUUUGUCUUAUGUAUAUAACAUUGUGAAUGUGAAAUAAAGUAGUGAAUCAUCUUAGUAUUCAUAUGUGGUGACAAUAUCUAUUCUUCAGUAUCAAUAUUUAUGGUAAUUUAUUCCUCCAGUUUUAUCAUGUCUCCAAUUCAAUGUUUUACCUGACCCUUCUCCAAUGUUGUCAAUUGAAUUUUUAUAAAUUAUGAAUAUGAAUUUAUUCAUAGUGUCAAUUUUUAGCUUUUCACAUUUAAGAUUUUUUAUUUAUUUUUGUUUUGAUAGUUAUUGGUUCAACAUCACAUAUCAUAUUUGGUAUUAUUAACACAGUAUAGUAGUAGGUUUAAAUUUCUUAAUAAAAUCUGUGUUUUCAUCCAAUACAUAUUUUAUGAUAGGCCAUUUUUGAGAAUAUCAGUUAUAAUUCC